UGGAACGCAGCUGUUUCAUGAGCGUGAGAAAAUGUCCCAAAUCACAGAUAUUGUUUGGAAUUAUGGAUCUCACAGCUGAGUAAACCUGACAUUUGAAUGAAUUAAUUAAGUGGUUGGAGUUUUAUGAAAGAGGCAAAGAAGCAUACUUCAACUACUCCUUUUGCUAAGACAAAAAUUUUCUGUCUUAGCGAUCAAAAACAAAUCAUGAAGGACUGUUCUAUCCUUCUUUCACUGAUCGCUUUUUUCUGCAGCUCCAAGGUAGAUGCCGGGCUUCUAGAUGACCAAGCAAAAAUUCUUACAGAUUUUAAGUCGAAGUACAACAACAGCCAGUCUGACAUCAUUUUCCUUAUGGAUGUCUCUGGUAGUGUGAGUGACUAUGGCUUCCAAUCGGAGAAGAUUUUUGUCGAAAAUCUUCUCAAUGAGUUCAGUGUGGCCCCUUAUUCGACGCGAGUUGCCGUUAUCACAUUUGGUGCCGAAGUUAAGACGGAUAUUAACUACAUUGACAUUAGUCCGUUAUCAACAUCGCAUCAAAAGUGCGAGUUUCACCCUUGGUUUCAGUACAACGUUAAGCAUCGUUAUGGAUGGGCCACCAACAUGAAGGACGCCUUCCAGAGAAGUAUAGAUGUCCUUCAACUAGCCAUGGAUCACACACAACGGAGGAGUGGGGUACACACCGUAGCAAUCCUGAUAACAGACGGAUGGUGGAAUAGAGGGAGUCCGGUAGAUAACGCGAACAGACUUAAAAGCUCCUACACGACGGACGUAAUCGCCGUAGGAGUAGAUGGGUACAAUCAGGGACAGUUACAACAGUUGGCAACCUCAAAUGACCUUGUCCUUGGCUUCAGCACCUUCACGAAGUUUCGAGAACUUGCAAUGUUUAUUAGAGGAGACGCUCACGACAAAACGUUUAUGGAAGUAGACUCCAGUAAAUGCACCUCUGGCGGCUGUGAUCCCAAAGCUUUCUGCGCUUGCGGUACAGUCAGUGCAGAGUACCAGUGCGUCUGCAGACAAGGAUAUCGUGGUGCGGGCCUUGCAAAUGGCGAAGGCUGCUCUCUUUGUCUACGUGGAACUUACAAACAGUGGGCUACUCCGAGUGAGUGUGUUGCGUGUCCAGAACAUUCUACGACAGAUGCAGAGGGAAGCAUACUGAAAAGUCAAUGCAAAUGUCACGAUGGGUACGAAGGCGACCCCUCGAGAGACAUCGCUUGUACAGCCGUUAAGUGCGAGCAGCUUCUAGCACCUCCGAAUGGCGGUUUCCUUGCAGCAUGCGACGUAGUUUAUAACAGUGUGUGUGAAUUCCAGUGCGAUUCUGGGUACAAUCUUGUUGGGUCGAGCUUACGAAGAUGUCAGAGUAAUAAAGAAUGGAGUGGAACAGCAGUGCAGUGUGAAGUUAUCACUUGCGCAGUUUUGCCAACACUAAACCACGGUACCAAAACAUGCUCUGGCAAAGGAUAUGAAUACGGAGAUACUUGUACUUUCAGUUGCGAUGAGGGGCAUGAACGCAAAGGAAGCGCAACUAGAACCUGUCAGGCUGACUCCCAAUGGUCUGGAAGCGCGACGUCUUGUGAAGCUCGUAAGUGCCCAGCUCUUCGUCAGUUAGCUUUUGGUACCAUUGAACCCGUGGAUUGCGUAACGACACCGCAGCCUUAUCAACGAGGAUGUACCAUGGCGUGUGUUUCCGGCUACACAUCACCUGUCCACCCGACGUGAAUAACGGCACGGACCCCGAGCGGGCGACACGGAGCGUAACCUGGAGUGAUCCUGUUGUCAGUGAUAAUGCAGAGUUGCACGAUCCGAAUGCUGCUCCAACAGUUACUAGAUCGCCUGACAUCAUAUCCCCGUACGACUUUCCCAUUGGCACCACUCGCAUUACAUAUACUGCAACGGACAAAGCCGGCCUAACCCAGUCAUGCGUCUACACAGUAACUGUCUUGGAUAACGAGCCUCCUGCAAUCUAUUGCCCGCAAAACAUGGAGGUCAAAAAGAAGAGUGACACACCAGCUAUAAAGGUCUAUUGGCCACCACCGACAUACCGAGACAAUUCCGGACAGGCCGUCACCAUCUUUACAGAGUCCAUCAAUGGCUCGGAUUUUAGAACCGGUUCUCAUCCGAUCACGUACACGGCAACAGACCAAAAUAACAAUAAAGGAUCGUGCACGUUUAUUAUUGUCAUUUCCUCUGUGAAAUGCAAGCCCUACGAUCCACCAAUCAAUGGCCUAAUUUCCUGUGCUCAGUCUGAUAUCUUUGGAGGAGAAGCGUGCACACCCCAAUGUAGCAGCACAAAAGAAUUUGCCCGAAUCCCGGCUGUUUUCUACAUCUGUCAAAGUAGUGGCACUUGGUUUAUCUGGGAUUCCCGUCCAACUGUAUCCUUGGAAAUGCCGUGGCCUGACUGCACGGAGGAGUAUGUUCCAGGUGCUGCACGCAAAGGCAUGGAGUGGCAAUACUUUGUCGGAGACUGCUCAGAUCCCGCGGUACAGCAACAAGCUAAAGAAAAUUUCAUAAAAGGAUUUAAUGAAGUGUUCGCUCCAGGUGACCCUAACUACUGUCAAAGGGAACAAAUAUGCACCUUGGAAAAUAUCAAAAUUACUUGUGGAAAGGUUCAGAAGAGAAAGCGAAGAAAUGCACAAGCCGUCCUAACCAUCGAACUCGAUGUUGAGAUUGUUACGCAGAACAACGAUUUCGACAAGGCCAAGUCCGAUUUGGAGGGUAACGUAACAAAUGCGAAGAACACUGAUUCAAUGAAGACAAUUCAGGUUAAUUCCCAGACAAUGACGUUGAAGACUGUGACGGAGACCCCCACAACUGGAGUCUGCGUCGACGGAGGCGUGUUUGGUCUCAAUCAAGGCUUCCUCCACAAAGAAAAAUGUCAAAACUGUCCGUCUGGCACAUACUAUGACGUUAACUUUAAAAACUGCUCAGAUUGUCCACUUGACGCAUACAACACAUACACUGGUCAGGUGGGCGAAUGCAGGGUUUGUCCUACGAAGACUUAUACCCUUGCUGUUGGGAGUAAAAAUAUCUCUCAAUGUUUAGCCGCUUGUCAACCUGGAGAGUUCUCACCUACUGGCCUCGCCAACUGUGCACAAUGCCCCUUAAAUACUUACCAGUCUCUUCUGCGACAGACGUCGUGCAUUGCCUGUCCAGGAUCAUCAGUCACUUUGGGAUUUGGUACCAACUCAAUCAGUGGAUGCGGAAUGCCGUGUGCUCCUGGAACAUAUUCUCAGACCGGUGUUGAACCCUGCUUACCAUGUGCUCAAGGGACUUAUCAAUCCGAAAGAAAGCAAACUAAGUGCUUAUCAUGUGACAACAAAUCAACUUAUGGUCAAGGUGCUUCAUUACCGAGCCAGUGUAUCGCGAUUUUGAGCUGUGCGUCCAGUCCAUGCAACAACGAUGCUACGUGCGUUGAAGUGGCCCAGGGAUACAAAUGCAAUUGCAAACCAGGGUUUACCGGAGCAAAUUGCGAUAUCGAAGAGGAUGAAUGUGUCUCAAGUCCGUGUACUAAAGGAUCUACAUGCGUUGACAAGAUAAAUGGGUAUGAGUGUUUUUGUCCUCCUGACUACACUGGAGCUCAUUGUGACGUCAAACAGAGUAGCUGUGACAGUAGCAAAUGCGCCUCUGGUUCACAGUGCGUCAAUUCCCCAGAUGGACACGAAUGUGUCUGCCCAGAUGGAUACGAAGGACAAUUCUGUGAGACAAAAAUCAAUGAGUGCAAAGCAGCACCAUGUAAGAAUGGUGGAAAUUGUUUGAGCAAGACCUCCGCAUUCCAGUGCAUCUGCCCCUUAGGCUUCAGUGGAAAUCUAUGCGAAAAGAAUGACAAUGGCUGUCUUCCAGACUCUUGCUUGAAUGGCGGGACUUGCAAGGAAACCAGCUAUGGUCCAGAAUGCACCUGUUUGGCAGGUUUUGCAGGCACAAAAUGCGAAAUUAAUAUUAAUGAGUGUUCAAGCUCACCAUGUCAGAACAACGGACACUGUGUUGAUCAAACAAAUGGUUACAAGUGUUACUGCAAACCUUCCUUCAAGGGAUCUAACUGCGAGACAGAAAUUUCCGCUGACUUUGACAUGGAGUUCGAUAGAAAACUGGGUCGUGGAUUAGCUAUCGUGGAAAUGCGUCAGGAAUUGAGAGCGUUUUCUGUCGCUUUCUGGAUGAAAGUUGCCAACAGUGAGGUUAAUCCUGGAACACCUUUAUCAUAUGCUGUCAAAGUGGGAGAGAAAGUUGAGGAGAAUGCUCUUGUCAUUCAUGACUAUAAUGGGUUUAACAUUUGGGUGAACGGUGAGAAAGCUUCCACGAAUGUAGCAGCAAAUGACGAUAAAUGGCAUCAUAUGGUAAUGACCUGGGAAAGUUCAACGGGGACAUGGAAAGUGUACAAGGAUGGAAGCCUCGUCAGAAAAAGUGAUCCGGCUGAGCCUUUUCAGAAGGGACAGGUUAUCGCAGCAGGAGGGUCUUUUGUUCUUGGACAAGAACAAGACGCUGUGGCAGCCAACUUUAGUGCUAAUGAAGCUUUUAUCGGCAAAAUGAGUCAGAUGAACGUUUGGAGUUAUGAACUCACGGCCGGAGAUAUUGCAGACAUGGCACGACACGCUGAAAGCCUCCUUGGAAAUGUCGUUGGAUGGCCCGAUUUCUUUGAUGUGGCCAAUAGCGGUAUUAAGAAGAUUCAACCGUCCGUAGCACGAACUGAUAACAAAUGCUGGACUGCGUGGCUAAACAAUGACUUACCCACCACUGGUGCAGGGGACACGGAGACUCGUGCAGGUGCAUGUGCGGGACCCGGUCUAUUUGAUUGUCAGGAUAUCGAUGGAAGAUCAAUGCCAGACCUUGAAUUGAAUUUGACAAGUACUUGCUCAGAUAGUGGUAUCACGUGUUUGAAUAGCGAUCAAAGAACUGGACGCAGCUGUCCUGACUUUAAAGUUCGAUAUGUCUGCACGUGCCCAGCGAAUAGUGCCUGCAACAGCAAUCCAUGUGGAGCUCACGGGACAUGUGAGACUCUUCCAGUUGGAUAUAAAUGCAAAUGUCAAGCAGGAUAUGAGGGUCGCCAUUGUGAAACAGCUCUAAAAUGUCCAUGUCCCGGAAAAAUUGCACAUGGCAAGUAUAGUGGUAGCCGAGUUUUGGGCAGUAAAAUGACCAUCCAUUGCGAUAAUGGAUACAAGGCAAGUGGAACGGCAACGCUGAACUGUGUUGGUGGAAAAUGGGAUGCUCUUGUCCCACAAUGCAUAGACAUUGAUGAAUGCUCCACCGGACAGGCAAACUGCGGGCAAGAGUGCGUAAACACGUUAGGAAGUUACAAAUGCAGGUGCAAUGCGGGAUAUUCACUUAAUCAAGACGGAAGCUGUUCAGACAUAAACGAGUGCAAUUCCAAUAAUGGAAACUGCCAGCAGAGCUGUCAUAACAGUGUCGGUAGCUACCGCUGUACAUGUGGAUCUGGGUACAGUUUAAUGGCGGACAGUAGAUCAUGCGCAGAUGAGAAUGAAUGUUCUACCAACGCUGGAUUGGGACCGUGUGGGCAGAUUUGUGUCAAUACGUUUCUAGGAUAUAGCUGUCUGUGUAGGCCAGGAUAUACUCUCAACAACGAUAAGAAAACAUGCACAGCAAACUCUUGUCCAGCUAUACAUAGCUUUGCCAAUGGGAAACUGGACCCAGUUAAUCCAGCAACAACCCUAGAUAGCACUGUGAAAUUUGAGUGCAACGUUGGUUACAUAUUGAGGGGAUCGUCCACAAGAACAUGUUUGGCUAAUGGCGAGUGGUCUGGAAAUGUACCUCGCUGUGAUGGAGUUAAAUGCAUCCUGCCCGGAGACCUUAAGGACGGAAUGAAAAGCACCUCAGCAAAUUCAUAUAACACUGUUGUCACUUACACAUGCAAUCAGGGAUUCCGAUUAGUGGGAUCAACAACUCGUACAUGUCAGGCCGACGGGUCCUGGAGCGGAGAGCAUCCUCGCUGCAUAGCUGCUGACUGUCCUGAGCCUUCGGUUCCGAAUAAUGGAAAGCUGAUUGGUCUUCAAAGGAAAAAUGGCGACACCAUCAGAUUUGAAUGUGACCUCGGUUACAAACUGGUUGGUCAAGAUUAUGCUAUUUGCCAAGGAAACGCCUGGAACGCUCCCACGCCGUCUUGUGAUUUGGUAAAUUGCGGUGAACCUCCAGCAAUAGCAAACGGUCAACAUCAUGGCUCAGACUAUUCCUACAAUGCAAAGGUGACGUUCUCUUGCGUAGCCUCAAACUUCAAGCUGUCAGGUUCAGAAGAGAGAAUAUGUCAGGCUAACGGUACAUGGAGUGGAACUCAGCCAGUCUGUCUAGAAAACUCAUGUGGCAACCCUGGUACACCGGAAAACGGAAUUAAGGUUGGAGAUAGCUACAAGUAUCAUGAUGUUGUUCAAUUCCAGUGUAAUGAAGGAUAUAACUUAAUUGGGUCCAGCUCCAGAACAUGCAAAACGGACAAUAAUUGGGAUGGAACACAACCAACCUGCCAACUUGUCAGCUGCGGAGAUCCUGGAUUGCCUUCAAACGGGGAGCGCUUUGGAUCAGAAUUUACUUAUGGAAAGAUUGUGGUAUAUGACUGCAAACCUGGCUACCAACUUGUGGGAACCAGGGAAAGCAAAUGCCAACUGGACGGGACUUGGUCUGCGGUAGUCCCCAGUUGUGAUGUUUCAUCAUGUGGCGCAGAACUUGUUGGGCCCUCCGGGAGUUUUAGUUCACCAAACAACCCCAACAGCUACCCAGACAAUGCCUACUGCCGCUGGAAAAUAAGCGUGCCAGCCGGCAAGAAGGUUAUGGUUACAUUCAAUUCGCUAAAAACCCAAAAGAACAAAGAUAUGGUAGAAAUAUAUGACGGUGGUUCCAAAGCACUUAUCACCAAACUCUCUGGCGUUUAUUCCAAACCGGUUUCAUUCACGUCCGAAAGUACCUCAAUUGAUAUACGUUUUGUGUCUGAUGGUAGUGAAAACUCGGCAGGAUUUUCAGCAUCGUUCCAGCAAGUCACAUGUGGAGGUGUAAUUACUGCGCUAGACCAGACCGUAAUGUCACCCAACUUCCCCAGUGACUAUCCGAAUAGUGCCACUUGUGUGUGGACACUCGCCCUUGGCAUACCCUUCCAGCUGGAAUUUGAGAGCUUCCACACACAGUCUGGCUAUGAUCUUUUGAAAGGAUACAGCUCAAUUAGCUCCUUUACUUGUAAGUAG